UCCGCCCGGUGCCGGAGAGCCGAGCAGCGCAGCCCAGGAGGAGAAGCGAGCACGAUGAAGGACCGGACGCAGGAGCUGCGCACGGCCAAGGACAGUGAUGAUGACGAUGAGGUUGCUGUUGGCGUGGAUCGGGAUCGUUUUAUGGAUGAGUUUUUUGAGCAGGUAGAAGAAAUUCGUGGGUUCAUAGAGAAGAUCUCAGAAAAUGUGGAAGAGGUGAAGAGAAAGCACAGUGCCAUCCUCGCUUCCCCAAACCCUGACGAGAAAACCAAGGAGGAGCUGGAGGAAUUGAUGUCGGAUAUCAAGAAAACAGCCAACAAAGUGCGCUCCAAGCUAAAGAGUAUUGAACAGAGUAUUGAACAAGAGGAAGGGCUGAACAGAUCAUCAGCAGACUUGAGAAUAAGGAAAACUCAGCAUUCUACCUUAUCACGGAAGUUUGUGGAGGUGAUGUCAGAAUAUAAUACAACCCAGACUGAUUACCGGGAGCGCUGUAAAGGAAGAAUCCAAAGACAGCUGGAAAUCACUGGCAGGACCACCACCAGUGAGGAACUGGAGGACAUGCUGGAGAGUGGGAAUCCAGCUAUAUUCUCCUCUGGGAUCAUCAUGGACUCCAACAUUACAAAGCAGGCACUGAAUGAGAUUGAGACACGGCACAGUGAGAUCAUCAAGCUAGAAAACAGCAUCCGUGAGCUUCAUGAUAUGUUUAUGGACAUGGCCAUGUUGGUGGAAAGCCAGGGCGAGAUGAUCGAUCGCAUUGAAUAUAAUGUGGAACACUCCGUGGACUAUGUGGAGAGGGCCGUGUCAGAUACCAAAAAAGCUGUAAAGUACCAGAGCAAAGCCCGGAGGAAGAAGAUUAUGAUUAUCAUCUGCUGCGUCGUUCUGGGAAUUGUCAUUGCUUCUACUAUUGGCGGGAUUUUUGGCUAAAACGUUGCAACCAUCCAAGAAUAUUGCUUAUGGGAGUAAGGAGAUGAAUAGGAGCACCGGAGCCACCCAGCCCACCACCCACUUGGCCCAUCCAAACCCUAUAGCCGCCGUUGGAGAAAACUGGCGGAACAGCGCUCUCGUCUCUAAUGCAUGAUUAUUUGUGUUAACACUAUGUGUUAAGUACAGUGUACGUGUUGGGGGUGGGAUGGUGCUGAGGGUGGGAUGGUGGGAAGGCAAUGUGUGCAUGACAUGCUCAAGCAUUUCCACCACCUUUUGACCUCUUCUUGAUGGUCAGAUCUCCUCAAACCGAAUCCCUUUCCCUUCCAGUGAAGUCCUCUUUCUUCUCCCCAAAAUAAGAAUUUGCUAGGACAGCUAUGCACAGUUAAUCCAAUCCCUGCCUUGGCAAGGACACGGUCUGGUCAUUAUCACCUGUCACCAGAACUGUGUCCUCUGCCCGGCUGCUUGUUAAGAGGUAGGGGAGCCUCUUUGGCAAUAGCUGUUAGCUCCAACCAGGCCAGUCUUCCUCUUUUUUUAGCCAUGGGCAAGGACCUCUUUGUAGUGUUGCAGGCCUGUUCAUCUAGAGUAUUCUGUGUUUGUUUUUAAUUCUGCAGCUGCCCAGCCAGGGGUAAGAGGUGGGUAUGGCCCACCAGGCCCAAAUCUGUGUCUUCCACAGUUCUGCCCUGAAUGCCAUUUCUGUUCAGCGGAAACUUCACAAGCCCCUUUUUCAAUUUCUGAAGAACCAUCACUGAGCUUUUUUCCCCCCCUCUUGCCUUCCUGUAAGCAAAAUGUAAUGUAUUUCUUUAAAACGUCAUUCAAGAUUUGUUUUCUUAACAAAAAAAGCAGAAAGGUGACCUGCAACAUAAAAUUAGGACAAAACCACUAAUGAUUACUUCUAAACAACCAGUUAAAUUGGAGGAGUCAAUGGUAAGCUUCACCACAUCCAAUUAGGUCUUCUGGAUAUUAACCAAAGGGCUGGCGGAUGAUAAAAUGGGAAUUUACAAAUGUGUUUUUUGGAAAUGUGUUCCAGACAAAUCGCAGCGCCUCCGUCAUACAACACAACAAAUCUGAGUUUAAAAUAUUAUGAGAAGCAGCCUUAUGUGGAGGGCCUAUUAAAAUGUUUGUGGGCUAAUCUGUCCAGGGCAUUCCUUGGCCCUCACCAGACCUUCUGUCCCAAUUUUUGUUUUUAAAAAAUGUUUUAUUUCAGAGUUGGCUUUUUAAUCCUUAUAUGUUUGGAAAUAAAAUGGUGGCUGCAAAAAAGAUGAAGGCUAAUCAGGCUGGUAGUAAACUUUUUGAGUUAGAAAGGAAAUGGAAUUCUCACUCAUUUUGCCCUCUGGUAAAUGGGUAUUUUAUGAUUGGGACAAGGGCACUUGUGGCAUGUGGAAAAUUCAGUUACGCCCACUGGAAUAAAGCAGCCGAGGACCCUGCCUUCAAUGAAGGUUGGAAUUGUAUCAACUCCGUGCCUCGUUCCAUAAACUUUCAUCAUGCCUGCAAUACACGUGUUGGGUGCUUGAGCUAUGCCAGAGACUGAAACCUCCUUGGCCUUGAAUUAGCCUCUUUGUGCUUAUGAACAACUGGGCUAGUCCAGUUUCUGCCACUGUAAAAUGGCACUGUCAGUACCUGAGUAUCUGACUCUACCUGUCUACUACGUUGUCCAACAGCAAAAGGCUCGUUAUUAAUCAAGUUCCACAUUCUUUUUUCCUGUGGGCUAACUGAGGAUUUCACCAGGUGGUUCUUGAGAAAUGCAGACUGCAUUUCCUCUUAGAGGAGCUGCUGGACCUGCUUUUGAUGAAAAAACCGGUGGGGUCGGCCAUCUUCUCCUCUUGUAUGUCACAAGCUGCCUCCUAUGAUUAUUCCAAGCUACCCAGAAAUUGCCAAACCUCUCUCUCUAGUCUUAACGUAGCUCUUCCAGCUGCUUCACAAUACCAGCAGUAUUUCUCAUACAAUAAUACAGUAAAAUUCUGACCUGCUUUCCCUAUCCUUGGCCCUAAGGGAUGUUUGCUUCUUAUCAAUUUGCCUUAGUCAGAAAUGGCUUAUUGGGAAACAAAAAACUCUCAAUAGAGUCUGUUCAAGGAUAGAGAGCUUACAUAAUCCUCAUUGCAGGAAUCGGUCAAGACGGAGUGACGUAGCACAGAUAAGCUUCAAAAACUCAUUUGUUCAAACCUUGCAAUUCCAGAACUAAAACAUGGUUAGGCAAAGUUCACACUUGAAAGACUGGUUGCAGAUAUUGGCUCCUCCCUGCCAAUAGGUGGUUGUUGUUUUUUUCUUCCAUAGUAGUAAAUAUUGAAAAUAACCUCUCUGUUGAAUAGUUAUAAUCAAGUUUCAAUUUUGCUCUUGGCAGUUCCCCCACCUUCUGAAACCUGUUAAGCCACUUCAUUUUCCCCGGUUUGGGUGACCUUAAUUAGCUUUUCUACAAUCAGCACGGAGCAAAAGCUCUGCUGCAGCAUUAGGGCAGCUACUGCUCCUCCCUCUAUUCACACCUUCCUUUUGUUGCAUGUCAAAAAUAGAGCUGUUACUAAGACGUCCCUGCUUCAGGAAUCUCUCCAGAUACUGAGAGAAAACGUGUCAAUCAUCUUUAAUCUUUAAAAAAAACCCUCUGAAGUGCCACUGUAGUCUCCUGUUGCAGUAUUCAGCCUUCUUGCAGGGGAAGACAUUUCACCUAUGCUGUCAUAGAGGCCUCCCCAGGAGUUGUAAUGUUGCUGUACAAUGUGAAUUAAGUGCCCUUGUCUCUUGUGACCCUCCAGUCUCACUUUCCAGCUUGGGGAAUCUGGAACUAAUCCUCUAUUGCAGAGGUCUUCAAAUUUGGCAGCUUUAAGACUUGUGGACUUCAACUCCAGCGUACUUGGAUGGAGAAUUCUGGGAGUUGAAGUCCACAGUUUUAAAGCUGCCAAGUUUGAAGACAUCUGCUCUAUUGCCUCCUUUCUACAUUCCAGCCUUUUUUUUUUUUUUUUGGCUCAAUUUGUCCCAAAUA